UUCUCAUACGCCAACUUCCAUGCUCAUUCUCUCUCUCUCUCUCUUAUGCCAAUUCCCACUCAUUCAAUUUGACCAUUAUUCUCGCACAAAUAAAGAAAAAAAAAAAACCUACCGUGCACAAUUCUAUAACUAAAUUCCUGAUAGUAAUAGUAUAAAACUUUGAGACGUCUGUAAUUGUAAAAACACAAUUACUAAAAAGAAAGUUAAGAUAUCAGAUGCGGCAAGAAAAGAACAUGUUUGUAGUAUCCAACUUCAAGGGGUUAAAGGCUUUGCUUUCUAACAAUACUAAUGAAGUUGACGAGAAUGAGAUCAUCAGUGAUCAUGAAUUGGCUCUUCGAAAAGCUCAAUUAGCAGGUGCAAGGAGGUAUGAAGCAGCAAGAUGGCUAAGAGACAUGGACCAAGUAGCAAGGGAUACUCUCCCAAACUCAAAGGAUCUCUCUGAAGAAGAUUUCUGCUUGGCCCUACGCAAUGGCCUUAUACUCUGCAAUGUCCUUAAUAAAGUCAAUCCUGGUGCUGUUCUUAAGGUUGUGGACAAUCCAGUUGUGACAGUGCAGUCACCAGAAGGAGCAGCACAAUCAGCAAUUCAGUACUUUGAAAACAUGAGGAACUUCUUGCUAGCUGUUGCAAAUAUGAAACUCUUGACUUUUGAAGCCUCUGACUUGGAAAAGGGAGGUUCUUCAAGUAAAGUGGUGGAAUGCAUUCUUUGUUUAAAAGGCUACUAUGAGUGGAAACAAGCUGGUGGUAUUGGAGUGUGGAGAUAUGGUGGAACAGUGAGGAUUACAUCUUUCCUAAAAGAUUGCUCAUCCUCUUCCAUUAGCAGUGAAAGUGCUGAUGAUUCGUCGUCGUCGUUUGAUGAAUAUGAAUCAUUACAAUAUGAGCAACUGUUGGAGUUUCUUCAUCUUUCUGGCAAGGUUUUGGAUCAGAAAUCAGAAGCAGCAAAAGCUCUUUCUUUUCUCUUUGAUAGCUAUGGCCUCACUAUCUUGCAAGCAUACAUUAAUGAGAAGAGUGGACUUGAAGAUUUCCCUUUGAACUCAAUGGUAAUUGAUACCGUGAUUAGGAAGGUGGUUAAGGAUCUAUCAGCAGUGCUUGUUUCUCAAGGUAUUCAGCUUGGGUUUAUGUUGAAGAAGAAGUUAAAGAGUGAGGCAACCUCUUUUACACAUGAAGAAGUCUUGGAAGCAAUUUCGCGGUAUCUUGGUAAGAUGUCUGCUAUGAAGUCUAAUGAUGCAGUAGAAUGUCACAUUUGUGGGGGAAGAAAAGAGGAAAUCCGACAUGGAAUAAUUAGCAAUUCCACAAGCUACAAGGAAUUAGUAGAUGAGCAAGAAAAACAACUUUUGGAACUCAAAUCAUCUUUCAAAGAGACAAGAGUAGAAGUAAAGAAGGCUCAGUCCCAAUGGGAUGAAGAAAUUAAAAAACUAGAUAAUCAUAUAAGGAGCCUUGAAGUGGCAUCAUCUUCUUAUUACAAGGUUUUAGAAGAAAACCGUCAACUUUACAAUCAAGUGCAAGACUUGAAAGGAUCAAUUAGAGUCUAUUGUCGAGUACGACCAUUCUUGCAUGGGCAAUCUGAUGGAGUAUCAACUGUUGAUUAUAUUGGAGAAAACGGAAAUCUAAUGAUUGUCCAUCCUCAUAAGCAAGGAAGGGAUGCACGGAAGGUCUUUUCGUUUAACAAAGUAUUUGGAACAAAUGCAACCCAACAACAUAUAUAUGCUGAUACCCAAUCAUUAAUCCGAUCAGUUUUAGACGGAUUCAAUGUUUGCAUCUUCGCUUAUGGACAAACUGGCUCUGGGAAGACAUAUACUAUGAGUGGCCCUGAUUUGACAGAAGAAGAUACUUGGGGUGUCAACUACCGCGCUCUGCAAGACCUUUUUCAGAUUUCAAAAUCCAGAGUUGACAUAAUUGAAUAUGAGAUUGGAGUCCAGAUGAUUGAGAUAUACAAUGAACAAGUCAGAGAUCUUUUAGUUGUUGAUGGCUCUUCCAGAAGGUUAGAUAUCCGGAACAAUUCUCAGCUCAAUGGUCUGAAUGUACCUGAUGCGUGUUUAGUCCAAGUUAACUGCACCCAAGAUGUUCUUGAUUUAAUGCGUGUUGGUCUAAAGAAUCGUGCUGUGGGUGCAACGGCUCUGAACGAAAGGAGUAGCCGGUCUCACAGCAUUUUAACUAUCCAUGUCCAAGGCAAAGAGUUGAUAUCUGGGUCCAUUUUGAGGGGUUGUCUCCAUUUAGUGGAUUUAGCUGGAAGUGAGAGAGUUGACAAAUCAGAGGCUGUUGGAGAAAGGUUGAAAGAAGCCCAACAUAUAAAUAAAUCACUUUCAGCACUUGGAGAUGUUAUCUCUGCUCUUGCUCAAAAGAGUGCUCAUAUUCCUUACAGGAAUAGCAAACUUACUCAAGUCCUCCAAGAUUCUCUAGGUGGACAAGCUAAGACUUUGAUGUUCGUCCAUAUAAAUCCUGAAGCUAAUGCAAUUGGAGAGACAAUAAGCACACUCAAGUUUGCAGAGAGAGUUGCCUCUAUAGAACUUGGAGCUGCUCGAGCUAACAAAGAAACUACUGAAAUUCGGGACCUCAAAGCAGAGAUCUCAAACAUGAAAACAACUUUAGAGAAGAAAGAAGCUGAACUCGAAAAUCUUAAAUGUGCUAAUGUAAGAAGCAUUUCUGAAACUCAAAAGGCAAGAUCAGUUUCACCAAUGCAUGUGCCAAGGCUUGCGCGAACAGUUGAUGAUAAAGCCUCCGAGGUCAGAAGCUGUUCUUCGGGAAAGCAGAGGAGAUCACAUCUUCCUUCUGUGUCUAAGGAGCAUGAGACAGUUUCAAAGAUGCCCUUGAUAGCUGAAGAGAAGCUUUUCAAGCCUGGAAAUCCAAGGUCUCCAUCUCCUCCUGUGAGGAGGUCAUUGUCUACUGACCGAGGAGCUCUUGUUAGGAGUAGGCUUAAGCCUGAAAUGACGGAAAAACCAAUCUCAAAACUUCAGUUCUCAGCUAGAUCAGUAUCGGUAAAUAAAUCUUUUGGCCUACCAUCAGGGAAUCCAUUAGUUGACCGGCAUGAUGGUAGCAUCACGAGAGGCAACUUAUUAGAUCACGAGAAUGAACAACUCAAUCCAGUACUUAAUGCAAGGCAAUUAUUAUCAGUAAGAAAAAGCAAGAAUGAGAUGUUUAAACCUAAGGUGGCCAAGAAUCAACAAGGGUUUAGGCUUCCAAAAGUUGAUGAGCCAUUCACCUUGAUCACAGACAUAGAUGCAGGAGGAAAAGUUGAAGAGGCUAGAAAGAGUGACUUUUCUGAGCCUGAAAAUGAAAAAGGGCUCUUCAAUUCACCUGUAGUAAGCAGCAAGUCCCGGUUAAAGAAGUUGCGGUCUAACUCCACUAGGAGUUCCCAGUAUCUUGAACCAAGAGGACAGGUGAACACAGUAGAGCCAGUUAUGCCUGGAAGAACGGAAACACAGCUUCACAAGGAAAGCAACAACCCUUCCAUGGCAGGGUUGAAGAGAAGCCACUCUACACCGCGUGGGAAGUUUUGAUUUUGCCUUAAUGACACGUUUACUAAUUGAUUUUGUAUAGUGAGUUCAAUAGGAGCAUGCCCAGUUAUUAGUAGUGGCUGCAUGCUGAUGUCUUUGAUUGAGUUUUUCCAAAAUCUAAUCUUUUUUGUGUUCCUUCUUUUUUAUUGAGAGGAAGAGUAAUCUGAGUUCUUCAUACAUGUAUUCUUUGUUUUUUUUUUCUGGGUGGUUUGAACUUUUCUAUAUAUUGGUGGUGUUGUGACUGUGAGCUA